AUGGAGAACAUGAGCAGUAAGAUGUCGUUCACGGAGCCUGGAGUGAGACUUUCGAUCAAUUUGAGGGAGAGAUGCCGAAUGCAUGAUUUGAACGAGGCUCUCGACGAUCUUCGUGCUGUAAUUCCCUAUGCUCAUGGUGGUUCUGUAAGGAAAUUGAGCAAGAUUGCAACAUUGCUUCUGGCUAAAAAUCAUAUUAUUAUGCAGGCCAAAGCGAUAGAAGAGUUGAGUGAAUUAGUGUCCGAAUUAAAGAAGAAGACGUCACAAGAACAUUCAAAUUUGAAUAAGGAAUCAUCGAAGAAGGCGUCCUCCUCAUUAUCAUCAGAUGAAUCCCAUUUUGAUAAUUCCUGA